AUGCUACUGCUGGUUCAACCACGCUACCAAGAGCAAUGUGGCCACAGCACCAAGGGGGUGGCUUGGACUAGCUGCACGAGGACAGUCCUGCCUGACCCCCGCCUGGACACCUGCAGAGCCCGAAUCCGGAAAGGGGCUCUCCGGAAUAACUAUCAGCUAGGAAACAUAGUGGAAAAAAUCAAACAACUGCAUUUCAAACCAGGAAAAGAGACUCUGUGUGAGAGACACGGCAAAGCCCUGGAUCUGUUGUGUGAAGAGGACGGGGAAGCCGUGUGUGUGGUUUGUGAGAGAUCCCCAGACCACAGAUCUCACACGGUGCUGCUCAUGGAGGACGCUGCCCAGAAAUACAAGGAAAAAAUCCAGGCUCAUUUGAAGACUCUGAGGGAGGAGAGAGAAAAGCUGCUGGGAUCUAAAGUGACUAGAGAGGAGAAAAGCCCGAAGUAUAUGAAACAGAUAGAAAAGAAGAGGCAGCAAAUUGUAGCUGAUUUUCAGCAACUGCACCAAUUCCUGGAGAAACAAGAGGAGCUUCUGCUGGCCCAACUGGAAAAGCUGGAGAAGGAGAUAACGAAGAUACAGAAUGAAAAUAUCACCAAAGUCUCUGAGGAAAUUUCCCAUCUCAGUAACCUGAUCAGUGAGCUGGAGGGGAAGUGUCAGAAGCCAGCAAGUGAAUUCCUGCAGGACAUCAGAAGCACCUUGUCCAGGUGUGAGAAGGAGAAGUUCCAGCAGCCAGAGGAGAUUUCUCCUGAACUGGAAAAGAGACUCAGCGAUUUGUCCCAGAAAACUCUUGCUCUCAUGGAGCCUCUGAGGAAGUUCAAAGACACUCUGCCGUCUGCACUGGAGAGAAAAAGCGGGGAACCCCUAGGAGCCCCCAGACUGGGUGUUUUGUGUGAACUUGCCUGCAAGGCCUGA